AUGGCUAAUGGGAUUGCUGAAUCAUUUAACUCUUGGAUUGCAAUUGAGCGUUUGAUGCCAGUCUAUUGUAUGCUGGACCAGACAAGAAUUAAACAAAUGGAGAUGGCGGGUAAAAGGAGGGAAGAGGCAGAACGUUGGACCACAGAACUAACUCCCAAAAUGGAGGAAAGGUUGAAGGUGCAGAUGAAGAAAUCUCGUCGUUUCAGUGUCCAUUAUUCAAGCCCUGGAGUUUAUGAGGUUCGAUCUGACUUUUCAUAUGUAGUCAACAUUUCCGAUCAUGCAUGUUCAUGUGUUAAAUGGCAGAUCAAUUGUUUUCCUUGUCCUCACGGCCUUGCUGCAUUACAAGCUGAUUCUGAAAAUGUCUAUGAUUAUAUUGAUAAGUACUUUCAUGUUGAUAUGUUCAAGAACAGCUACAGUUUUCCUAUCCGUCCGAUAACCAAUGUUGAUAUGUCUUCUUCGAAAUCUGCUUCUAAAUGUAUAUUACCUCCCCUUGCGAAGAGGCCUCCAGGGAGGCCUAGGGUGAAGCGGUUCAAGUCGGUUGGAGAGGUUGAAAAGAAGCUGAUUCGUUGUGGUCGUUGUGGCAAAAUGGACACUCAUAACAAGUUGAGCUGCACUGAACCUCUCGUUCAGCAGUAG